UUUUUUUUACCCCCCUCUUCCGCCGUCGGCGCCCAAGAUGUCUAAGCGAGGACGUGGCGGUUCUUCUGGUGCGAAAUUCCGCAUCUCGCUCGGUCUCCCCGUUGGAGCUGUUAUCAACUGUGCAGAUAAUACGGGGGCCAAAAAUCUGUACAUCAUCUCUGUCAAAGGGAUUAAGGGGCGCCUGAAUAGGCUGCCGGCUGCUGGUGUGGGUGAUAUGGUAAUGGCCACCGUCAAAAAAGGCAAGCCAGAACUCCGGAAAAAGGUUCAUCCGGCAGUAGUGAUCCGGCAACGGAAAUCGUAUAGGCGAAAGGAUGGGGUAUUUCUGUAUUUUGAAGACAAUGCGGGGGUGAUAGUCAACAACAAAGGUGAAAUGAAAGGCUCUGCUAUCACAGGCCCCGUUGCCAAGGAGUGUGCAGAUCUGUGGCCCAGGAUUGCUUCCAAUGCUGGCAGCAUCGCAUAGAAUCCUCCUGUGCUCUUUGUAAAAAUCCAAUAAAAGUGGUUGUACCAAA